AUGCCGUCGACUUUGUCUUUCCGCGCGGCCCGAAUGUUUGCCCUCCUCUCCCUCCUCUCCGCCGUCGUCCACGCCGCGCCGCCCGCCGAUGGACCCGUCGAGCCCGUUCGCAGAGCCGUSGUAUCAUAUGAAGGAUGCUACAAGUCCUCGACUCCUCUCACCAGCGAUGGCACAUGGCCCUACCAGUCUUCGGGCUACUGCGGUGGUCAAUGCUCCGGCUCCAAGGUCUACGCCAUGAGCGAGGGCGAUGCGUGUUGGUGUGGAGAUCAGCUGCCAGCGCUGGACGACAAGGUGGACAAAUCAGAGUGUGAUACUUCUUGCACGGGAUUCCCUUCGGAUAUUUGUGGAGGAAACGGUCUUUGGUCGGUCUACACUACAGACAGCGGCGUGACCAACUUCGGAGGCUCAGGCUCAGGCUCAGGCUCAGGCUCGGGCUCAGAUUCAUCAUCUUCAGCAUCACCAUCAGCAAAAGCAACACCAUCCCCCGGAUCCAAAACCACCAACUCGGUCGUCACCAGCACAGACGCGGGGAGGACUGUCGUCGUGACGGUACCUGCAACAGCUGCGGCCGAGGCCACCGGUAGCGGAAGCCCGAGCUCGGGAGGAGGUGGUGGCGGCGGCAACACUGCAGGUAUCGCCGCCGGUGUGGUUGUUGGCGUGGUUGCCAUUGCGGCCAUUAUUGGAGGCGUCUACUUCUUCCUGCGCCGCAAGAGAAGAAUCGCGGCCGAGGAGGAUUUCAAGCAGCGCACUCAAGUCAACGACUUUAUGCGCGGCGGCGACGAGCGAAAACCUCCCGCCACCGGCUACAGCGGCAUGAGCGACGCACGACUGGAUCCCGAAGCCGGCCGACGAGACAGCGUCGGCAGUCUUGCCGACAAUCAAGACUACUCGAGGAGAAUAUUGAGGGUGGCCAAUCCGAGCGACUAG